CAAGCCGCGCUCCUCCAAGUCAGGGCCGGCCAUCCGUGCGGGCGCUCACCGGUUGGGUGCGCUGCGCCCGCGAUGCCAUCGCCGUCUCCCCAGCCGCGAGCGCGCGCGCGCUUAUAAAACGCUUGCCUGCCCACCUGCGCUUCUCCCCAACUAAGCCUAUCUCUCUCUCUCUUCUCUCCCAGACCUUCCCUCCGGCCAGCCUCAAUCUCCCGCGUGAGCUCCUCGAACGCACCUCUCUCGAUCCGACUGACAUGGCCGGCGCCCAGUCCUGGAGGACCUACCUGUGCUGCGUGGGCGGCAGCGCGGCGGUCGAGGACGACGGCUCGACGCUGCGGCGGCGGCGGAGGCGCGGCUGCGGCGGCGGCAGCAGCAAGGACAGCCCGAGGUCGUCGUCGUCGCGGAUGUCGCUCACGAGCCUCGGCUCGUCGUCGGAGACGCUCUCCCCCGAGGACCUGUCGCUGACGCUGUCCGGGUCCAACCUGCACGCCUUCACGUACGCCGAGCUGCGCUCCGCCACGGCCAGCUUCUCCCGCGCCAACUUCCUCGGCUGCGGCGGGUUCGGCCCCGUGUACAGGGGCGCCGUCGGCGAGGCCCUCCGCCCGGGCCUGCGCGCGCAGGACGUCGCCGUCAAGUACCUCGACCUGGAGGGCGGCGCGCAGGGGCACAAGGAGUGGCUGGCUGAGGUGUUCUUCCUCGGGCAACUGAGGCACAAGAACCUGGUGAAGCUCAUCGGCUACUGCUACGAGGCCGAGCACCGGAUGCUGGUGUACGAGUUCAUGAGCUUCGGGAGCCUGGAGAACCACCUGUUCAAAAGUACCAACGGCGCCCUCCCAUGGAUGACGAGGAUGAAGAUCGCCGUCGGCGCGGCCAAGGGCCUCGCCUUCCUCCACGACGCUGACCCGCAGGUGAUCUACCGCGACUUCAAGGCCUCCAACAUCCUGCUCGACUCGGACUACAACACCAAGCUGUCCGACUUCGGUCUGGCCAAGGACGGGCCACAGGGCGACGAGACGCACGUGACGACACGUGUCAUGGGGACGCACGGGUACGCGGCGCCCGAGUACAUCCUGACGGGCCACCUAACCGCCAAGAGCGACGUGUACAGCUUCGGCGUGGUGCUUCUAGAGCUGCUCUCGGGCCGGCAGUCGGUGGACCGGUCGCGGCGGCCGCGGGAGCAGAGCCUGGUGGACUGGGCCAGGCCGUACCUCAAGCACCCCGACAGGCUGUACAAGGUCAUGGACCCGGCCCUGGAGUGCCAGUACUCGUGCAGGGGCGCCGAGGUGGCGGCCGUCGUGGCCUACAAGUGCCUGAGCCAGAACCCCAAGUCCAGGCCCACGAUGCGGGAGGUGGUCAGGGCCCUGGAGCCCGUGCUCGGCAUGGACGACUUCUUCCCUGCCGGCCCGUUCGUCUUCACCAUCAGCGUGGAGGAGGACAAGGUGGUGGGCGUCAAGGUGGAGGUGGAGGAGCACCGGAGCCACCAGGACAGACACCGCCACAAGUACCCCAACUCGUCGAUCCACGCCGGCAUUGUGUUGGACAGCCGGGAAGGCAUGGUCGGCGGCGGCGAUUACAUCGCCACGCUCCGGCGGCAGCGGAGGGCGUCCAGCUACCACAAGGAGAGAGGGGCAUAAGAGCAGGAGAGCGGAAGCGACGAGUACAUACAUAGGAUUUAAAGCAGGGCGUGUGCGUGUACUCUACACAUACUAGAGACGUGACACAAUGUCACUUGGGCCUGGUUGAGCCUUCAGAUUGUGAUUCUUGUUUCUUUUCUUCUUGAUAGCGAUAGCGGGUGUUAGGUGAUACUGGUAUGCAAAAAAUAGUGUGAUGAGCAGUCCGGCUUGGACUUGCAAGGUUUGUUGCACAUGCACAAAGAUGUUGUGUACAAUGGAAUGGUUUGGUAGAAUGGUCAUCUAAAAUCCAAAAUGUUUCUUGCA